CCGCUUUUUCACUCACGUUUCGAAGCCAGCAGCCCGUUGGAAUGGCACCAGAUUCCAUCGAGCAUAACGCUAUGGCGUGGGUGCUUACCGACGGCACUCCAUGGUGGCCAGUCUUUGUAAUUGACCCAGCUGAUGUGCCUUUAGAGCUCAGAAGUCUUGGGAGGUUCGAGGGCGACGUGGAAUCGGCCAAAGCUCAAGGGUCAGGCGUUCUCCUCGUGUUCAACUUUGGGCGACACACAUUAUCCAUCCACAAACGCGACGCAAUGAAGCCAUGGAAUUGCCCUGAACACCCCACACUCCUUCGAGGCCAUCCUUUGUCGGCAUUUCGAAAGCUUGGUAGCAUUACAGACUUCCUCGACGCAAUGAAUGAAGCAACGGAGUACAAUUCGAAAGACACCAACAUUCGUCAAUUGCUUCCAAUUCCCCAAGACGAAUGCUGCACCACAAGUCUGCCACACAAUGUUUGUGCGAAAGAGGUUGAAGAUCCAGUAUCCUCGAACUAUUCCGCACAAACAAGUGGAGAAAUCAAACGUGGAUUCAAAAGCACAAGUGCACAGGAAGUUCUAGGCGGUAGACAGCAUGUCGAAGUACCUUUUAUCGCGGAUUCCACGCCAAGCAGUGCCCACACCCAGUGGACGCCAAGGAACCUUGACGGAGCUGCCACUGUGAUCUACGACAAUAACGUCGAUUGUACAUCUACAACGAUCGAUGCUGAACCACUGUCAGCAAGCUCACGCGAACCGCAACUUUACGCUGCCGCGAUCAGUCAAGGAAUUGUCAUUGAGCAGAGAGCGGAAAACUUCGAUGUUGAGCUGCAAGCUGAACCAACCUCAGAAACCACAGAAGAUAAAUGCCGGAGUGUCUCAAGUCCACGCGAAAUGGUACAUUCUCAAAGACUCGGAUUGAUUUCAGUGCUUGCCUAUACGACUGUGUCUCCCAACGGAAAAAAUAUCACGCCCGUGCAAGAUGGCGCUACUGAAACGUUGAUGCAGUCGAUGUCGAUCGACGAAGCUUCCAAUUCGUCCGCAUGCAACCCUGAUGUGCGUAAUGAGGUCGCCAAACCUCUUCCGCCGAAUGAUGGACCAACGAAAGUUUGCUUGCUUGAAUCGAGUGAACCACUUUGCGGCUCCUCUCACAUUCACGAAGAUCUUGAACAACUUGUACCCCAAGCACCUCAGUCAAUGGAUUCGGCUAGUGAUAUCGCUGAUCACGUACCAAGAGAAGACGAUCGACACAGUGUAGUUGAUUCAGCGCGUAAGGAGGUGGAACACUUGCCAAAAGGAGAGGACCGCGACAGUUCAGUAGAUGCACUGCGUCCAAUUGAUGAAACUGAUGAAUUCGUUCAAGAUGAGGAACGCAACAUGAAAAUCCAACCAUCUAUAGACAACCUAUCUCAAGAAGCAUCUUCAUGCCCGGAGGCGACGGAAGUUCGAGAAUUGAAAUGCGAAAGUGACCGUGCGCCGCCCACUGAAGUCGUCGAACCCCAGCCAAGAGAUGUUUCAAUCGAUGAGAAGGAUUGUCAUUCACCUGUUGAGGAACGAAUUGUUUCUAUUGCUCAAGCCGAAGCACCAACCGUUGGUCACGACGUUAGUGCCGAUGGUAUUGUUGGCCGUGGACAACCUCAGGAAGUUUCCUCUGAACCACUGGCCGAUCUUGUGCAAACGGAGCCACCUGGCCAAGCCGAAAUCUUGACAACGCAAGAAUCUGGUCGUGCAAGCGGUGGCAGCUUCCAUUUCACCAAUGCUCUGGCAGAUCCCGAGCUCAUGGCACUGGCUGGCGUUCUGGGAAUCUCAAUCGAAGCCCACACGCCCACUUUUGCGAGAAAUAUUCUUUCAAGCUCCUCAUUAUCACGGUCACCUUCCUCGUCGAACAAAUCCAACCUGAUGACAUCCACAACAAUUCCUGCUGAACUUCAAACAGUGCCUAACAAACCGACCAAUUCGAGUACUCCCACGAACGUUGUUCCUGUGAAUCAGCCCCUGGACACAGACGAUGACGUUGGCAUAGAAGUGGUGGCGUGGGCAAAGCGCCGCGGAGAUUCUUGGUGGCCUGCGUACAUUUGCGAUCCUACCACCGUGCGGAAAAAGCUGAAAAUUUCAGGCCAAAACUACAAUGUGCUGGUUUCAAAAUCGUCCCGUAAUGCAGAUGUUCGCCUCAUCUAUUUCUUUGGAGCGCACAUUCUUGGCAGCACUAAAUGCGGUAGCCGACGACUCAAGGCAUGGAAUUGCACAGAGAAAAAUGAGCUGCUUCGUCCUACCGCAGCGCAACAUACGUCGCAAAAGAGAGUGGACGAAUUUCACCUUGCCGUAACUGAAGCACAGGCGUACUUGGCUACUGAAGAGAACGUGCGAGUUCUCCCUGCACUUGCCAAAAACGUUGCGGAAAUCCCCAAGCCCGCGCAACGUUUGCUGACGUUGCACGAACUUAAGCCUGAAGACGACGACAUGUCUAAUAAAUUCGACGAUGAAGAUGAAGACGAAGUGCCAGUCGACAAAACAACAAUCCUCCCUGUUGAAGUUGUAGCAUGGGUCAGAUUAAACAAGGGGCCGUACUGGCCAGUCUAUUUCUGCGACUCGAGGAAGUUGCACAAUCUCGGCACUCGGCAUACUAAUUUGUUGACGCGGGCUCGAAAAUAUCCCGAUCUUUACAGACUCGCAUAUGUGUUUGGGAAGCACGAGUUUUGCUUGCAAAAAACCACGAUCCGAAUGAAACCUUGGAAUUGUGCCGACCACCUGGAACUAAUGCAAGGAGAAGACUCUGGUUUGCGACACGAAGAAUUAUUUGAAGACUUUUCGUUGGCUGUAAUUGAAGCUGAGGAAUACUUGGCAGCGGACGAAGCGACCCGGACUCUCCCGUUCUUGACGAAUUCAGAGAUGAUACUUGAGCGAGACGCCGAUGAAGAGACAAGAUUAUCCCUAGAUGGAACAGGCCACCAAAAUCACCUCCCCGAACAUAGCGAGCAAGGGGAUGUGGACAGUAUGAUUUUGGACGUCGGUACUAACUGCCUUGCGUGGGGGAGAUCACGUGGAUAUCCGUGGUGGCCUGCUUACGUUUGCGAUCCUUACUGCAUGCCGCUGGACUUAAUCACGUCAGAAGGCGUGCCAAGCACGAUUUAUGCGGCCAAGCGAGAUUUGACUGGGUGCCGUCUGGUCUACUACUUUGGUCGGCGAACAUUUGGUCUCUUGAAGUCUCGGGUGAGAUCGUGGGGUUGCGAAUGUCAUGCUUUGUUCACUGCAGGCCACCCAGCCGCCCAGUUGAAAGACCCUUCCACGAAGGCUCUGUUUAUGCAAGCAAAAAGUGAAGCACUGGCUUUCCUCGUUCGUCCAAAUUUUGCAUUCUUAUCUCGAUCGCAGGAGAACACAGCUAUGAGCCACCAACCCCCGAUUAUGCCACCCCAAUUCUCCAUUGCAAGUUAUUCAGCCACCGUUCAACCUUCUGAAGUUUCGGCUGCUUCGGAGAUCCUACAUACGACUGCAAGAAAGCGUGGCCGCCCUCCGAAGACUCGUGACGCGACUAUCUUAGAUCCCCCAAUCAAGCGUGGCCGGCUUGUGUCCAUUGCCCCUGCGACUGCAUCGAACGCUUCAAUAGCUCCCACAUCGACCGCGUCGGGUGACCAUCGUACGCAGAGCGGAAACAACGACGAGGCCGCGACACAAGAACGGAAUACCACAGGAGUUGAUCCCACUGACGGCACCAACGAAGCCUUUUCCAACGAAGGUGAUUCGUCCGAGAAUGACACCCAAGGCGAUGUCAACUUUGCCGAGAUGUCGUGCGGCUUUGUCGCAUGGACCCGGUCUUCAGGGUUGCCGUGGUGGCCAGUCUUUGUUUGUGAUCCUAGUGUUGUGCGAGCAAAUUUGUUUCACUUGGGUGACGUUCAUCAAGGCAUGCUUGCGAAAGCUAAAGCCGACCCUGAAGUUCGACUUGUGUUUUUCUUUGGCCUGUACAAUUUUGGUCUCGUCAAAGUCAAUGGGCGCAUUCCUAACUUAAAGGUGUGGAAGUGUCGCGAGUACAAAAUUUUCGAACAAGGUUUCCCCGUCGGGACAAUGCAAGGCACCUCGGUUGCUGCAACCUUUUACAUUGCAAUUCAAGAGGCACAAGAGUUUGUUACAAAGGAUGAAAAUUCUCGCGUUCUGCCGCGCAUGGUGCCGUCCGACAUGAACCCUCAACUUGAACCUCCACGUGCUGAGACAACGGAGCAAGCCAACGACGAAGUUGACAACACAUGUGACCUUGCUGCAGUCAAUACAUUUGUCCCCAAGAAGCGUCAACAAAUUCUCCCCAAUAUUCCUUUCGGCCAAGUGGUGUGGUCCAAGCCGUCACGCAGUCCAUGGUGGCCGGUGUAUGUGAUUGACCCUUCAAAGUUGCGGCAUAACUUGUAUCACUUGGGAAAAGAUCAUCGCCGAAUGCUCGCCAAGGCCCAACAAAACCUAUCAGAAUUGCGCUUGGUCUAUUACUUUGGCCGCUACAUAUUUGGUCUUGUAAAAGUGAACGGGAAGAUCAAGCCAUGGCAAUGCGUGGAACACGAAGAAUUUCUCCUUGGGUACCCCGAGUCGGCCAUGGAUGGACAAGACGUUGUUGACGAGUUUUACAAUGCGCUGAAAGAAGCCCAGGAUUUCUUGUCUGCGGACGAAGACAAUCGGCUACUUCCCUUUUUUGUGAAGUCCGACAUGCAACCGGACUUGGAACCUCCCUCGUCCUCACAGGAACAUGAACGAACUUUCCAAAAUCAAUCGGACUACUCUGAAAGCGACUCGAAUGCACAGACGUCUGCUGCGGCUGCGACUCCUUUAACAACAGCAUCGAGCGGUACCUCGACCCCCGACGUUGCAAGAAACGUGCAAAAUUCUGCCAAAGACGUUCACCCUAUCAAGUCAAGUACUGAAAUUCGGACUGAUGAUGUUCACGAUCCAUUACAAGAUGAAGGGGAGUUUUCAACUGGCUCUGGUCCAAGUUCAACUCCAAUGGAUUACUUUGACUUGAACACCACGCAACCAAUUCAAAUCGCUGUUACGCGCAGCAUCCCUGCGCUAGUCGCGCAAGCUCUGACGACGGUGGAGUCAAGUACCGAUCGCAGUUCCAGCAACUCUCACCUCGAGUUCUCCCAGCCGUCCGUGGAGAAAAAUGCCAAUGGUUCAACCCGCCACGUCACCGAAGUCAUUCCUGCUGAAAGCCUUUGUUGGGCUCGGUGGACCGACGGUUCAUGGUGGCCUGUGUAUGUAUGCGACCACCACAAGCUACGUGAUAAUCUUCACAAUUUGGGAACCCGCCACCACUACGACAACAAGUGGAUUCAAGUGAAGAAAGCUGGCUGUGCGCAUCGACUAGUUUAUUACUUUGGACGAUAUUGCUUUGGUCUGCAGAAGAAGUCGCUUCAGCCAUGGAAAUGCGCUGACCACGAAAAGCUUCUACGUGGACAUGGCCAUUUAUCCAUGCAAAAGCGAGAUGUAUUCUUGAAGGCGAUUCAAGAAGCGCAGGAUUUUGAAUCGUCCGACCCAUGCAAUCGACUUCCACCACACAUGGUCCCGUCUGACAUCAAUCCGUUGAUGGCCCCACCACCUCCUGAGACAGCAUACUUUGUGCCUGACGAGAGAAUGUCUCGAGUCGAGAAGGCAAAGACUCUCACUACUGUCGUUCUCCACGAUACCCACCCUGAAGCCAAGUUGGACACGGUUGCCUGGGCAAAGUCCGAUGGAUACCCAUGGUGGCCAGUGUACAUAUGCGAUCCGGAGAAAGUGAAACACACCCUUCUUGCUCUCGGAAAUGGCCACGAAAUCAUUUACAAUGACGCCGUGCGAAAACCUUCUGUCCUUCGAGCUGUAUAUUUUUUUGGAUCCCACCGAUUUGGCUUGUCCGAAGUGCAUACUAAGGCGAUUCAACCAUGGGAUGCUGAAAACCAUGCCGUACUUCUCCAAGGCGUUCCAAAGAAACUGAUGGGUCGAAAAGGAGUCGUUGAGUUUUUUGCAAAGGCGCUGGAUGAAGCAAAUGAAUUCAUUGAAUCCUGCCACCCUGUCCUCAUGUUUCCAGAUGUGAUCGAAGAAGAACUUCAGCAUGAGCAGGGUGAUUCCAAUUUGUCGAAGUCCACCAUGGAGGAUACAAAAGAAAAUGCCUUCAUCAUGCCUUACGAUUGUGUGGCAUGGGCAUAUCUAAGUGGAUUCCCUUGGCUGCCUGUUUACGUCAUUGAUCCAUUUCGACUACAGCAUCACCUGGAAAAUUUGGGAAACCGACACGCCAAAGUUCUCGACGAAGCACGACUACAUGCGGACACGUACAGAAUCGUGUACUACUUCGGCUCCCACAACUUUGGGCUUCACAAGACUCCUCACUUGACGAUGCGAAAGUGGGGUAGUCCCGAACACGAUUCAAUGUGUGUUCCGAACCCACACAAGUCGAAGCGAUCAUCGUUUCGGAGUCAAGUAAAGAAGGCACUUGCUGAAGCCGAAGUAUUUUUGGCGAGCAGUGAGCGUAUCCGAGUAUUGCCCAAAAUGGUGGCCUCAGAUAUGCUACGUUUGGCUGAAGCAGAUCGCUUGCGCGCUGAAGCGGCUUCCACAAAAGCACUACAAGAUGUUCCAGAUAAUGUUCCAACGCGCUCAACGGCACAAACAUCUGUUCGAAAGAAGGCGCCGACAAGUCCGUCCAAACGUCGUUCUGCUCCUACGAAAUCAACACCAUCUCAACUUCCAACCCCGACCAAAGGCCGUGUGUCCAACACGCCUCUUCCCACCAUUGAAUCCGAAGGUGACAGCGAUUCGUCGCAUUUCGAAAAACUGCUGUUGAAACAAGAUAAAAAGUUGGCAGCCAUGGAGAAGAAAAAGAAGAAUCGACCCAAUUUCGACCUUGUUCCGUUUAACAGUUUGGCAUGGGCGUUGCUCGAGGGUUACCCGUGGCUACCUGUUUAUGUUUUGGAUCCGUUCGAACUCCAACCAGAACUCCAUCUCUUGGGAAAUGGUCACGGCGCGAGUUUGCGAAAAGCAAGGAAAUUUCCAGACCGUUAUCGCAUCGUGUACUAUUUUUCGUCGCAUAACUUCGGUCUGCAUCUUCAUCCUGAAACUACUUUGCGAUCGUGGAAUUGUCCAGAGCACGCAACCUUUGUAACUGGUUUCCCGAAGUCAUCAUGCCGUGGCAAAAAGGUGUUAAUGGACUUGAUCGACGGCGUCAAAGAGGCCGAGUGCUUUGCGGCUUCGAACCCCCGCACACGAUGUUUGCCUUAUAUGGUCCCUUCCGACACUGAUCCAGCCUUGCCGCCGCCGAGCGCGCAGUUUGUUUCAUUCAAUUCCCUUGCGUGGGCGAUCACAGAGGGAUACCCUUGGAUGCCUGUUUAUGUGUUCAAUCCAUUUCAGCUUCGGUUCAAGCUGCUAAAUUUGGGGAGUGGACAUCGGGACCUCCUUCGUCGAGCACGAGCUUCGCCAGAAGAGUGUCGAAUUGUGUUUUACUUUGGUUCGCACAGCUUUGGAAUUCACAAGUUGAAAGGAACUUUGAAACCAUGGAAUUGUCCCGAACACAGCCAAUACCUGGAAGCAAAGGCAGAAUCCCUGUUGUACAUUAAAAAGAGUGUGAUGGAGCAGUUCGACGCGGCCAUGGACGAAGUUGAGAUGUUCUCCUCGGCUGGCGAAUGCCAUCGACUGCUUCCUUUCAUGGAUCCUUCCGAUUUUGAAGACGAUGCUACUGCGGCUGCAGCAAUGUCGCAGUGGCAAGCUGUGCCAGAUAAUCGAAAUUGGGGGCAACCGGUGGCAUCUACCCGACCUCGGAAACACCAGACCCAACGUGCUCGGACUCGGCAGUUUUCUCCUCCUCGACGACGUCCUGCCAAGCGCCUCCGGCUAUCAGACAAGGAACAAGUAGUGAAGCAAGUAGAUGUGAUUGAGUCGCACCAGAAGGCUUUGGACGUCAAGCACUUGUUUGAGUCCAAACUGGCGUGGGUGCAUUGGGGCAACGAAAUCUGGUGGCCUGUGUACAUCUGUUCACCGAAACCAGUCUACCAAUUUUCAUGGGGCCUCGAUCGGCACAUGGAGUCCAUCAACUACGCCGACGUAUUUGUCGAAGUAUAUCAUUUUGGGACCAAAUCCUUCGUUGAGCAUCCCUUGUGCAAAUUGAAACCAUGGCGUUGCAGUGAACACGACGAAUUUGUGCAAAGUUCCCUUCAAAGGGAUUCCGACACCACGGUCCAAUUCAAAGCGGCAUUUACAGAAGCAGAGGAUUACGCUGCUUCCUUGGCGAAAUAUGCCACGGAUGAUGACAAGUCAACGCCGCCGUCCCCUCAGGAAAGUGUGGACAUGGAACAGGUCGUCUAUAUGGGAGAAGUAGAAAAACUCCCGUCGGCACUUCCUUCAGAUGAUGAAGAUAGCGGGGAAGACACGAGCGAUGAAGAGAUGAACGAAGAGGAUCCCUAUCCAAGCAGUGAUGAAGAGUCCGCUGGUGACAGCGACGACAAGGACAAUUGAGCUCUGCUGUACAUGGCACACAGCCAUCAUAAAUGCACUAAAUUUUGUUCCUCCUGUAAUUCCAAUGCACUCUUCAGUGUGCAUUGAAACAUACCGGAUACUGG